GCCGCGUCCUCCUUAAUCGAAACAAUCCCACCUCGCCUUGUUCGGAUACAACGAUUACAUCCGGUAGAGCACCAACCCCCCCAAGGGACGCCCCCGCCGUGGGGAUCAUCUAAAAGGAGAGCCGGAGCGUCUGGUCUAAUGCCAUGACGGAUGUCACGACGGACCCGGCGCUCGUCGCCGCCACGGCCUCGGACCUCGCGCAGCAGCACGCCCAAAAUGUGGCCGCCGCGGCGUCUGCCGUCUCCUCUGGUGGUUCAACAAACCCCAAGGAGCGGCAUUCGCUGACCCUCGACCAACGUCGCGCCCUGCGUCGCUGGGCCAGCGCGCAGCCCGUCCGACCUUCCCACAAGGCCUGCAUCGAGUGGUUCUGGGCCCAGUACGGCCAGCAGAUCAGCCAGUCGACCGUCUCGCAUUCCCUCUCUCCCAAAUACUCGCGUCUCGACGGCGACAACCCGCAGCUUUCGGGCUCGCGUCUGCGCUUUGGUAACUGGCCCGACGUCGAGAAGCUUGUCCUCCUAUGGUAUCAGCAGGUUCAAGCAUCCGGCCGCCAACCCACCAACGAGGAGCUGGGCGACAAGGCAAAGUCCAUCUUCAGUCAGCUCCCGCGCUAUAAGGAUGAGAACGCUCCCGAAUUCUCUCCUGGUUGGAUCCACCGCUUCAAGAAGCGCUACGGCCUGCUCAUUAGGAGGCAGCGGCGCCACGGCGAUGACACAGUCGACCCGGCAGAGGAUAUCGAGUAUCUGGCAGACUGCGUGCCGCGCGUCAUGGCCAUCCACCCCGACACGAACCCCUCUGCCAUCAAGGAGCAGGUUUUGCGCGUGGUCGGUGUGGAGGCCACGCUGAACACCUGCGCUCUCGUCCGCGACGAGGUCAUCCGUAGGUUGGGAGGCACCUCCGCGCAUGCGCACGUCGCGCCUCCCAUGACGCAUCUUCCCCCGCCGCCCGACCCGCCGACUCCUCCUCCGCCUCCGCCGCCGGAACAGCCCAUGUACGCUGAAGACGACCCGGAGGUGGUGCUUCAGAACGCCCUCCGCCAGCUGCAGCAGGAAGAACAGGCUGCCGAAGAGCAGGCCGCUGCGGUACGCGAGGAGCGCGAGCGCCAGGAGAGGGCAGCAGGGAUGCAAGUGCCACCUCCGCAGACCAUGAUGUCUACACCUGGUCCCGGCAGGGCAUCCUCCUCAGACGCACGAUAUGCCACGCCGGCACACGACAUGGGCACCGACCUGACCCUGACGCCGAUUCAUUCCGACGGGCCCGUCUCCAGUCAUGAACGCCCGCUGCGCUGCCCUUUCUGCGUCAACCAGCGAAUGCUCCGCACCAUUAAGGAGGCAGUCGAGCAUAUGUCCACGCAUGUCGUUGUUUGAGGGAAUCGCAGUUAUUGCUAGGACUUAGCUCUUCGUGCUUCGCGAUGUCGGAGCGGCGUCUCGUAGCCAGCGGGCCCGGUUUCGUUUUCCGACAAGUGUUUGAGGAGCAAAAGGCACGGCGCUUGUGGAGUUCUGGGAGAGAUUUGAGGGUCAAUGCAUUUGGCACAGCCACGAAGUCUGUAGGCAGUUGGCCUUGGGCCGACUUCAACGAGCACAGCAUGGGUUGUGUAUCCGCCAGAGUCUUUGUAUUCAGGGCGGCUAUUUAGUUGGGCGCUGCGAGGUCAGCAUAACCUGGUGCACCUUCAUAAUACAUGUAUGUGCUCUAAUUUGUUUUCGAUUCGAAUAUGAAAAACGGCAUGACGGCCACACUAUGCC